AUGGUCCGCGGCUUCACUGGACCAACUCUUAAAAAAUCCCAGUUCCAAGACCGCAGAGGCAUCUCUGCCUGGCUCUCGCUUUACGCAGCUGCCGCAGGCUCCUUGGGCGCCGCCAUCAUGUCCUCAUUCACGUACCACAUGCUUAGAGAGGAAGAGGAGUUCAUAAGCCUCUGGGUUGUCUCCAUCUUUAGCGGUAUCAAAUGGCUUUGUGGAAUCUUCCAUUUCUUUGUCACUAAAAGGCCUUGCGUCAACCCACCAAUCUCAAAGUCCCAUGCAUUAUCAAUCUUCAAGUUUCCUCAUGCAGUAGGAGGCCUUGUUGGCGCUUUCCUCUCCUCGGCAACGACAAUGUGUCUUUUCACAGGAGGGGUGCUUUACUUAGUUGGGCAGCUUUGCUAUGAUCCAAGAUCAUUGCUCUGCUUUUGGCUAAUGUAUUUCAUCUUCCCCUUGUUUUCUCUCCCACUGCUGCAACCCCUGCAGCAUUUCAUCAAGGCGAAUGCUGUCAAAAUGCAACUCAUGGGCUUCUUCCUCUCAUUAAUCACCUCCGGGUACGGGUUCUUUUUCGGGGGCUCAGUUUGGAAGCAGCACCAUGUUCUGCUCUUCGCCGCAGUUCAAAGCACUUCCGCAGGGCUCCUACACGCUUUCGGGCGCGUUCUGUUGAUGGAUUGUUCCCCUCCCGGAAAAGAAGGUGCUUUCUCUGCUUGGUUUUCUUGGACAAAAGCUCUUGGCACGUGUGCUGGCUUCGCAGUUGCAUCGGCAAUCCCAGGAAAUGUGUCCACUUCUUUUGGGCUCUCGUUUAUCACCGCUGUCUGUGGAGUGCUAGUUUUGAUCUUUGGGAACAUUAGCGACUCUGGAGGAGCCAAAGCAGCAGGGCAUGUGAGGCAUGAUAGUGAGGAAGGAGGUUCACCUGUUCAGGGACUUGAUGCUGCAGCUACUGCCUAUGAGAUGCAAGAAUCUGCCCGGUGA